UUAUAAUCAAUUCUUGAAAAUCAGGUCGACUGCGCGAGACGCAUAUGAUUUUUAUUGCGGGCAUUUGGCACCAUGUUGUCAACUAACGAUGACGGAUUUGAUCUACCAUCCGCGAAGAGACAGAAGCGAACGGAUACGUUGCAGAGCCAGCCACCUGUUCAAUUUCCUGGUUCCAAAAUAUUUUCACCAUAUCGGACACUAGGACUUGUAACGACAAAAAUUCCAUUCACUUCCGUCCGAUUGGGUAAAUCCACAUAUCAGAUCACUACGUCUGUCGGACGCAGCUUGCAAACCUACGAUUUACAGCGCGGACUUGGCCUAGUUUUUGUGAGCCGACCCCAGACUCCCGACAUCAUAACGGCAACGAUCGCCUGGCAAGAUAGGGUCUUCGCGGCAUGGGGAAGCCUCCAACCUGGAUCUCCAGGGGGCAUAUGGGUCUUCAAGCGCGGCAAAAAAAUCGGAUCGUUGGAGCUACCACCCGAGGUCACCGAGCCUAUCGACCGGCUGUUGGUAUUUGGAUCAUGGGUGAUUGGCAGCUGCGGCAAAUGUAUUUCAGUAUGGAAAAACGCAUCGUACGAGCAUUAUACAACGCUCUUCCCGCAACAGACGAGGGAGUUAUCGACAGAGCAGGUCUAUACUGGCCAGAUUUGCAAUAUGCCAACGUAUCUAAACAAGAUAUUUGUUGGAAGGUGCGAUGGAAAGGUUGAUAUCUGGAAUGUCAAGUCAGGAAAGCUGAUUCACUCGAUAUUGCCAGCGUCGUCUUCCGCUGGGGCUGUGACUGCUCUACAAGCAAGCCCUGUUCUAUCUCUUAUUGCAAUUGCGUACAAGAAUGGUUCAAUUUCUGUUUGUGAUGUGCAAACAGGUCAGGUGGUGCUAUCUUUGCGAAGCAAUGUAUCACGCUCAUCCGAAAUUACAUGUCUCACCUUUCGAACAGACGGGUUGGGUGCAGGCGAAGAUGGCCGAGUACCAGGUGUCAUGGCAACGGCCUGUGCUGAUAGUGGUGAUAUCACUAUGUGGGACUUGAACAACGGUGGCAGAGUAUCUGGUGUUCUUCGCCAGGCACAUGGGGUUUCCAAUGACGAUACAAGCUCUGGCGUGAGCCAUGUCCAGUUCUUGGAUGGUCAACCUGUUAUGAUUUCAUCUGGGGGCGAUAACUCCCUGAAAACGUGGAUCUUCGAUCAGAACCCCUUCUCAAGCACCCCUAGACUUCUUCACUCCCGGAGUGGGCACUCAGCCCCGAUAACCGCUGUUGAAUUUCUCCCUGCUGCAUCUGAUGGAUCGGAGCUUGGAGGUAAGUGGCUGCUAAGCGCAAGCAAGGAUCGCAGUUUGUGGGGCUUCAGUGUGCGCAAGGAUAGCCAGAACACGGAAAUCUCUCAAGGUGCUGUGGAACACAAAUUGAAGAAAAUGGCCGCCUCAAAUGCGACUAGGAAUUCCCAUGCUCUAUCCGAGGAUGGAUUCAAAGCAUCAGAGAUCACUUCUAUCGCCUGCUCCCUGAAUCGAGAUGGUGGGAUGGGGACAACAACAUCUGGUCCCAUUUGGGCCAAUCCGACGGUAACAAGGACUGAUGAUUCUAGCAAGACUGGCUGGGAAAGUAUAGUCACUGGCCACCGUGGAGACAAAUAUGCCCGGACAUGGUUUUGGGGCAAAAAGAGAGCCGGGCGUUGGGCAUUAGAAACUGGCGAUGGCACUGAAGUCAAAAGUGUCGCUAUAUCACAAUGCGGAACUUUUGCGAUAAUAGGUUCUGCAGGGGGGAGCAUAGACAUGUUCAACUUACAGUCUGGCGCUCACCGGCAAAGAUUUCCGGUUCGAGACUCACGGGGCAACGGGAAAGAUAGGCGCACGAGCUCAUAUAAGCGAUCUGACAGCUCUUCGAAGCAUUCAAAGGCAGUCACUGGCCUGGUGAUCGACAGUUUGAACCGAAAUGUUGUAAGCUGUGGUCUCGAUGGGAAAGUUAAGUUCUGGGAUCUUGUUUCUGGAUCACUAGUCGAUGAGCUUGACUGGUAUCCGAUGACAUCAAUCAAUGGACUCCGCUAUAGCCGCACAAGCGAGCUCGUUGCGCUUGGCUGUGACGAUCUUUCCAUCCGCGUUGUUGACGUGGAAACUAGGAAGGUAAUUCGAGAGUUCUGGGGGUGUAUCGGUCAAAUAAAUGAUUUUUCAUUCUCCAAUGAUGGACGCUGGAUCAUUGCUGCAUCAAUGGACUCUACAAUCCGGGUCUGGGACUUGCCAACAGGACACCUUAUCGAUGUUUUCCGUGUUCCCAGCACUUGUACCUCGGUUACUAUGUCCUCAACAGGUGAAUUCCUGGCCACUGCGCACGCAGAUGGCUUAGGGAUAAGUCUUUGGUCUAACAGAAGCUUGUUUGUGCCCAUUUCCACACAGAACGUGGACGAUCGCAAAAUUGGCAGUGUUGGUAUUCCUGCGUCUACCGUUGAAUCCGCAUCAGGCGUCAUCGAGGCGGCAUUUUCCGAAGAGAAUGAGGAAGAUGAGGUAGACGGCCCAUUACCUACUAUUGGCCAGCUCAGUGAAAACAUGGUCACGCUGAGUGUUGUUCCCAAGAGCAAGUGGCAGACGUUCCUUCACUUGAAUCUCGUCAAGGAGCGAAACAGACCAAAGGAGCCCCCUAAAGCCCCUACAAAGGCCCCUUUCUUCCUUCCGAGCCAUCAUCCUGAGUCAAGGACAGCGGAAACUAAGCCCACCAGCUCCCCGGAAUUAGCGAUCGCUGAAAGCUCAAGGAUCGCAAAGAUGCAGCGUAUUGGUGAAAGUGGUACCACAAGCUCCAAGUUUACCAAUCUCUUGAAGUCUGGUCAUAUCUCGAACGACUUUGGCCCUUUCAUCGAAUACCUUAAGUCAUUGCCUCCAGCGAAAGCGGAUCUUCAAAUCAGGUCAUUGGAACCCCGAAGGCAAGCUGAUCGCUCCGAACUGUCAGACUUCGUUAUGGCACUUUCAUUCCGGCUUCACCAGAGGAGAGAUUUUGAGCUUGUUAAUGCUUGGAUGGCCGUUUUUCUGAGAGUCCAUGCAGAUUCUGUGGCAGCAUGUUCCGUUGCUAACGACGACGACGACAAUGAGCUUUUGAAGAAUGCUCUCCUUGCGUGGAGUCAGGCACAACAGCAUGAGGCCCAGCGUUUGGCCGAAUUGGUGGGAUACUGUCGGGGAGUGGUAGGAUUCUUGAGGUCUGCUCGUUGAGUUAUCCGAAUUUAUCUCCACAGUCUCCAAUAUCAGAUGAUGAGCUU